AUGGCUGAUGUUGAUGAGUACCGUUGCUUCAUCGGGAAUCUGUCCUGGUCGACAACUGAUGAAAGCCUCAAGGAUGCGUUCAGAAAAUUCGGCAACCUCACUGAGGCAAAGGUGGUUCUUGACAAAUUUUCUGGCCGUUCUCGUGGUUUCGGCUUUGUAACUUUUGAUGAGAAGCAAGCCAUGGAGGAUGCUAUUGAGGGAAUGAAUGGACUGGACUUGGACGGGAGGAACAUCACUGUUGAUAAAGCUCAGCCACAAGGACCUGGUAGAGACCGUAAUGGUGACCGUGAUUAUGACCGUGAGCGUGGAUCUCGUUAUGAUCGUGGUCGUGACUAUGGUGGUGGGCGUGCACCGCGAGGUGGUGGUGGUGGUGGUGGUGGUGGGGACUGCUUCAAGUGUGGGAAACCUGGUCAUUUUGCUAGAGAGUGCCCAUCUGGGGAUGGUGGGAGAGGGGACAGAUAUGGUGGCAGAGAUGACAGGUAUGGUGGUGGUGGUGGUGGUGGUGGUGGCGGGCGUUAUGGAUCUGACCGUGGUGGUGACCGAUACUCUGGCCGUAGCCGAGAUGGUGGCAGCUAUGGGGGCGACCGCUACAGCCGUGACCGAUCAGGUCCUUACUGA